AUGACCGCAGAAACACAGACCUCUAAGGGGCCUAUUUUUGCCACCGCAGUUACCGUAGAGGUGGUGGAGGAAAAGCUGAAGAAAUACUUUAAAACCGACAGUGAAUUUGGUCCUAACUUCAGAAUCGCACGUGUCGGAGUUGGACAGGGAUUUAUGUCUGUGGUAGCUAGAAUUUGGCCUGACUGGAAACCGGAAAACAAGAAUUUGCCUAAAACUUUUAUUGCAAAAAUAUCUAGUCUGGCAACUGCAGGUCAAGUAAUGAACGAUAAACGGUACAUCGAAAAAGGUGCCAAUUUUGAAGACGCGUCAUCUAUGCUAGACAGAAUGGAAGAAUCCCUUACUCGGGCACACAAUUCAGAAGUUGACUUUUACAAUGCAGCUAAACAAUAUAAUUUUCAAAUAAAAAUUCCGAAGGUUUAUUUUGCCGAACCGUACUCUGAAAACUGCAAACAAGGUUACUUUCUAAUGGAGGAUUUAGGGGAAGAUUCAUUUGUUAUUCAUCAGUACCAAAGAACGACAAUUGAAGAAGCUAAACAAGUUGUAAAACAAAUGGCAGUUCUUCACAGUUAUUCCCUACAAUACCCCGAAUUAGUCGGCUUAGGAAAAUUAGCUUUCCACAAUCUUAUGAAAGAGAUGGAUGACUUCAGAGAAAUGCUUACAAGCAAUAUAGAGGUGUUUAAAAAAUCACCGAAUGCUAGAGUUAAAACGGCCUGCAAAGAGUUGUCUAAAGAACUCAAUAAUAUCCUGGAUGCACAGUUUCUCUCAACUCUAAAUGAAGAAUGCGGCUUACCUUCAAUUCUUGCCCAUGGCGAUCUUUGGACUUCAAAUAUAAUGUGGAAAAAUGAAGGCAACAGUAGAAAACUUGCUGGUAUUAUUGACUGGCAGCUGAAAAAGUCGAUGUUUCGAAGUUUACCGUUUUCAAUGAUAAUUAUUGUGACAGUAUUUGGUCCACUAUCUGCUGUGCAGAUAGAGGAAAAGUAUCCAAACAAAAAGGAGGAAUAUAUGAAAAAUUGUGAAGAAAGCGUUCUUGGAAUAGUCGAGGAUGUUCUUUACUACCACAAGCUUAACUCCCAAAACCCCUAA